AUGACAGAGUGUAGCUUGUCAAGUAAUCGAAGAAUCUUCUUUGUUCACAGUGGCCACUCGAACGAACGACUGUUUCUGCGAGACUUCGUGUCUUGCUCAGCUGGUACCAGCGGAGGUCGUUUAGCAAGAUGGUUACAGCCAGACAGUUUCGUGGAUCCCUCGAAAUGCGAGGCACUUUACUCGAAGGACGAAGUGAAGUGCGGAUGCCCUGCCAUCGUUACUAUACUCACCAGAGACCAGUACGGAGACGUCGUUCACGUACCCAAUUUGAAGGUGGACGUGAAAGCAGUGCCCAUAGACAAGAAGGAGGUGGGAGAUACCGAACGAGUUUCUCAGCCAGAUCCGAUGACCUUUGGCGGCCACCCUCAACCACCCCUGGACGUUCCGUACGAGGUCACGAUCAACAACAAGACCUGCUUCUACGCGAUCACCAUCAUGAAGGCUUAUCAGAACUACUCGUUCGAGGAGUUGAGGUUUAUGUCACCGUCUAUAAAAAGAACAAGCGAAAGCAUGCUAGUUAGACCCAACGGCGAUGGCAGGUAUAGCGCAACCUGGACCCCAUCCUCGGUCGGGUGGUAUUCGUUUAUGAUCACGGUGGAUGGGUACAACAUGGAAGACAAAUACCAAGUGGAAGUAAAGGAGUCGCCUCAAGGUAUGCAACCACCCUCGCAAAACGCCGUGAAGAAACCGCAACAUCAACCGAGCAGACUGAGAAAAUUCGUGGCAAAGAAUAGCGCGGGAUUGAGGAUCAGAGCGCAUCCGUCUCUUCAGAGCGAGCAAAUUGGUGUCGUUUUGGUUAAUGACACGAUAGCCUUCAUAGACGAAAUUCAUAACGACGAUGGUGUUUGGCUACGGCUGAACGCGGAUAUGAUAAAGGCGUACUGUAGCAGCAAUCAUCUGGAGGCUUGGUGUUUGCAGUACAAUCUGCCCUUGGCAAAGACUUUCCUGUUUCCCGUCGAGGAACCCAAAUCGAUUUUGGAUCAAGUGAUCAAGGAGACCAUUUUGCGAAAAAGGCCCGAAGUAGUCGACGAUAAAAGGAAGACGGUGACGUUCGAUGGUAGCAGAAGCAUGGUUGUCGUGAAAUGCGGUGCCUCCGGUCACAAUAUUAGGAAUAGACCAGGAUUGAGCGCAGCACCGGUAGGGAAACUAGCUCUUGGAAACACGGUGACCAUUCAGGAAUACUUUGUCAACGGCGAGGGUACUUGGGUACGGAUGGACGACGAAUCGAUGUCAAAGUAUUGCUUCCGUAAAAGUCGAGCUACCGAGGGUGAAGCCUGGUCCCUUGCCGUGAGUAAACAUGGCGUCACUUACAUGAAGAUCGAGCAGGACCUCGAGAACGACCCAACGGAGAAGAAACCUGUCGUGCCAGAUCCGUCCGAUUCACCUAAUCACAAAGGUUUCGAUUUCUCUGUGCCUUCCGUGAGUCAUGAGGGCUUCAAUUUCACCGCUCAAAAUUUCACACCAGGUACAGCAGAAUCUGGAGAGGGUAGUAAUACAAAUCCAUUCGUUUUUGGCUCAUACAAUCAACAUGAUUCACCAGGAAGCGAUAGGUUUACGUCAGAGAAGGCCGACGUCUCACCCAAGUUUUCCAAGCCGCAUUUCAAAGAGAGGGUGGUGAAAGAAAGGGAAAGAGAAGGGGGCGGUGGGAAACUGAGCGUCCUACAGAAAUGGUUACGGGGCGACGACAAGUGUCACGGAGAGAAACGGAGCUCUCCUGGCAGAGACUUUUCCGAAUUCGUCGGAGUGUCCGUAAAGGAGCUCGUGAAAGCGAUAGGAGAGAGUCGAGCGAACGGUAACGGACCGACGCCACCUGAAACGCCGAGGAGAUUAUCGAGAAGUUCCUCGCCGAAGAAUCCCCAAGGUGGGUCACCAAGAUUUCACAGCCCGUCCUCUAGCCCGGUUCCGAUACCCGUUUCUGGUGGAAUGAUAGACAGCAUGACGUCGCAACGUCGGGGUUCAACGCAAAGCGAUACAAGUGCCUUGGUCAGUAGUCUAACGAGGGAUCCUUCGCAAUCUCCAAGUGCCGUGAGCACAACUGCCAAUACUCGCGACCUCUCUCCAAGCCCAAGUUGUAGUUCUUUACAUAUGAGAUCCGAGGGUAGUAUAGCCAGCCCACCCGAUACUCCGAAACCAGAAUGCGGGGAUUCUCAAGAAAGUCCGAGGAAAGUUUCUCAAGCACAGACACAGACGAGUCCCGAGAACGCGACCACAGCUAUGAAAGGACAUUUCAGUAUCGGUUCUACUGGCCCUAAAGAGACGACAAAGUUAACUCGGAGGGAUCAUAGUAAAAUAGUGAAAACCAGGACGAAAUGUACCAUGUCUCCAACUAGUACUCAACAAAGUACGAAUCCAAGUCGAACACUGAACCUGAGCAAAGAUAAAGUGAAAGAAGCCAUUAGUCCAUCUGUGGCUGAGUGUUUAAGAGCCGUGUUUGCAGCGUUCCUAUGGCACGAAGGGAUCGUGCACGAUGCAAUGGCUGGCGCUAGUUUCCUUAAGUUCCAUCCUAGCUUACCAAAGCAGGGUGCACUUGUUGUUACCAGACAAACAGUGAUACAAUCGACAGAUAAACAGAAACAAGAGCAGAAGGCCAGGCAGAGACAUUCCGUGGAAGUGAUCAACGCUGGAAACUAUCUGUACAUUCAACCGAGCACAGUAGAGGCUCUAACGCGGUCUGCUGCGAAUGCUAACGCGAAUAGGAAUCGGAAGAAACAGAAAACGGUUAUUAAGGAAGAUGUUCAGGAAAAUGGGAAAUUGGAUUCUUUACCAGAGUUUCAAACGGUUACGGUGUUGCCACCGGCAUUGAAAAGUUUGGUAUUCUUAUGGGAAGAAUUAAGUACUAAUUGUCUGCAAACAAUAGAAGAACGGUCUGUGUUACCGAGCCCAAUAUCACAGAUGCAGACGAUGAGAUUAGGCAAACGACCAGAGAAGCGGCUUCGUGAAGUUAAACUCAAGGAACGGGAAAAGAAAAGUAGUAGAAAGAAAAAAGACUGGACACCAGUUGGGAGAGGGAACGGAGCUGAUGCAGUAGGAGGUAUAGAACGGGAAACUAUUUGUGAAUUGUGCGGUUUAAUGUUUCCGCAUCCAGUGACAUAUCACAUGAAAAUGAUGCAUCCGGGUUGCGGGUGGCAUGCAGAAGGGAAAGGCUAUAAUAGCGGUGGAAACUAUUGUACAGGUUGGGCAGGAAAUUGCGGCGAUGGUGGAGUUGGUGGAAAUUCGUGGUAUCUCAUCUGUGAUACGUGUCGUGACAAAUAUCUACGAGCUCGGAAGCUCAAGCUCGCGAAAAAGUUCUUGACGGGAAUGACGAAAAAGAAAAACGGUUCUAGCAAGAUCGUGUCACCGCUUAGUAGUCCUAGUGGGAACGAAACACAUAUAGUUAUGAAAAACAAUGCUAUGUUUCUCUUAGACUUGGUUAGUGCAUCUGGAUUGAACAUUCCAAAACAGCAAAGACGACCUUCGCAAACAUUGUCGUCUGUGGCAGAAAAUUACAGCCCUCCAGAAGCUGCAGGACCAUUUCCACCAACUGGACCAUUCCAAUGCUUACAAGCUUUAGGCGUUCAUCAUUCGCAGAGUCACGAUGAAAGAUAUUACGAGGAGACAUUAAGACGGCAAAAUGGACAGCAAACCGUAUACGAGGGGAGUAGUGUUAUGGCUACCACUACGAACGGCAGACCUUUAUCGGAAUGUCCUGUGAGCGAUAGCGAUAGUGAAAGCGGUAAGGGCCGUGGAAUAUUUCAUCGAUCCGUAUCAAUGUCUACUGGUGCUCCUUGGACUAGAAAUUCAAACGACGGUAGAGUUGUCAUGAUGAGAAAACGAAACAAUAGUAGUAGCGAAAUGAAUACAGAUGCCGGCUCAUCUCUUCUAUGUUACCCGUCUGCCGCACUGCAAAAAUUAGUACCAUCGAUGAAUCAAUCAGCAAUUGUUUCCACGAGUCAGGAAGAAGUUACGAAUAACGAUAGAAUAGAAAUUCUCAUGAGGCCUGUGAUGUUAUUUGUCCUACAGCAACAUAAUCUGCAACAUUUGCAACUCGCAAUGAAGCAAGCAUUAAGACGCGCUGCUUGUAGAGUUUAUGCUAUGCAAGCAUUAAACUGGUUACUAAGGAGUGUAACGCAACCUAUUUGUCUCCACGAUUUAUUAUGGUGGUUCGUUGCAUCCUUAACACCCACCGUACCACCAGACAUUCCAGACUCAAAUGACGAAGAUAAUAAAACUGAUAAGAAGGAUGAUCAUGAAAUGGUCGGCGUAUGUGAACAUCCUCUAAGUGAUCUCGUUAUAGCAGGUGAAUCUGUUAAUCCGUUACCAACCGUUUUCCAUACUUUGUUGCAAACUAUAGCAGAUUUGAUGCUUCUACCACCUCCUGGUUCUCCUUUGCAACAAGCUGCUAUUCGAUGUUGGGGCAUUAAAUUCACACCCGCGGAUCAUAUGUUUCUUCACAGAAGUCAUGUUUUUAGCAACAUCAGUAAAAUACUUUCCAGAUCCGAUGAAGAAGAAGAUAUGACAAUGAGUAUGCAUGAAAGUCACCAAUCAACUCAUUCUCAACAAGUUAAUAGCUGUGUGGAAGUUCUAAAAGACUUAACGUGUGGUGUAAAAAUUAAAGCUUCGAGUAGACAAGCUAUGAUAGGUAGCUUGACUGAUAAUUCAACAGAAACUUUUUGGGAGUCCGGUGACGAAGAUCGAAACAAAACUAAGACGAUUACUAUAAUUUGUAGUGCUCAUUCUGUUCCUCGAAUGGUUUAUAUCCACAUUGACAAUUGCCGUGACUUAACGCACAAAGUAUCCAGUGUUACGUUUCAGUCGGGUAAUAAUGUAGAUGAAAUGGUCAAAUUAAGAACAGUAGAAGUCGAAAGUCGAUCUGCUGGUUGGAUUAACUGUCCCGUUACUGAACCACGUCAUGUUAUCGUCGGCCUUAAAUUAAAGGGUCCAGACAAUUCCUUGCGAAUUAGACAAAUACGAAUCUUAGGCGAAGUUGAAGGAGAAUCAUUAAAAAUUGGGAAACAAUUGAAUGCACAAACAAUUCAACAGAGAAAUUGUGAAGCAGAAACGUUAAAAGUGUUUCGCUUAAUUACCUCCCAAGUAUUUGGUAAACUCAUCCAAGGUGAUCAACAACAGCAACAAACAGACAAUACAGAAGGAACUAACGAAGACUUAGAGGAUAGUAACGAUUUGCGAGAACACAUGGUUGGAAUUUUGUUUAGUAGAAAUAACUUAACGCAUUUGCAAAAACAAGUGUGUUCACAUAUUGUUAAAGCUAUCCAAAAAGAAACUAUUCGUUUAAGAGAAGAAUGGGAGGCACUAUUAUGUUCUCCAACUCCUGCUAAUAGUUUAUUGAGUGAUAACAGCGACUUGCCUAAAGCUGCGGAUACAUAUUGCUUCGAAAUGUUAUCCAUGGUACUAGCUUUAAGUGGUAGUUCAGUAGGACAGUAUUAUCUGUCACAUCAAUCUGAAUUGUUGAAAGAUUUAUUGAGUUUGUUGCAUACUGGUUCAGCACGCGUACAACGUCAAGUAACAUCUUUAUUGAAGAGAAUUUUACCGGAAAUUAAGCCAGAGGUGUUAGCCAAUGUUAUCAGCGUCGAACGAUUACCACCUACAGAUUUUAGUAUUGUAUCUGCAGCAAAUAACGGUUUUCCUCAUAAUGCCGAAUUUAAUGAACAUUCUGCAGGAAUUCUCGAUGUUUUCCUAAGUUGCAUAGCUAAGGCACUAACUGUUCAAGUUAAAGUAAAAGGAAAAGAAAAUAACGGAAAGGCCUUGCAAACUAUUUCACUAGCUACUAGUAUUCAUCCAAAAAGUCAAGUUGGAGCGAGGUGGUGGUUGAGAGGUUGUAUGACUCGAAAAUUAGCUGAAGUAAUAAUUCAGCUUUUAAAAGACAUGGCAUCGGGCAAAUUAUCUGAAGCGUGGGCAGCUGUGACUAAAGCAGCUAUUGCGGAAAAUAUUUUAAAUCUGACGCGAUUAGAUGAAAAGAGCCGUGAUCCGACCGAAUGCCUCAAAACCCCAACUUUAUGGCUUGCCCUUUCUUCUUUGUGCGUAUUAGAUUCCGAUCAUGUUGAAAGAUUAUCUUCUGGACAAUGGAGCGGUACCGAGGGACAGCCACCACCUCCUAGACCAACAUGUAGUAAUCACGAUGAUGGUGAAACAACAGCAAUUAUUCAGUGUAACACUUGUGGAAAUUUAUGUGCAGAAUGUGACAGAAUAUUGCAUUUACAUAGAAGAACACGAAUGCAUACAAGGCAAGUUUGUAAAGAGGAAGAGGAAGCGAUACGGGUAGAUCUUCAUGAAGGUUGUGGUCGAACAAAAUUGUUUUGGGUUUUGGCUCUUGCCGAUAGUAGAACAUUAAAAGCUUUGGUAGAAUUUCGUGACGGUUCACCAAGAAAACCUGUUGGUGCUACAUCCGGAAUUUGCAGAUUUUGCGGUACUACUGGAAACACAGGUUUGCUAGCGGUAGGAAAUAUUUGUGCAGAUCAUGAUUGUCAAGAACAUGGUAAAAAUGCGUGCAGUAAAGUACAUCUAUGUGGGCAUAUAUGUGGAGGUGUUCGAAAUGAGAAUACCUGCCUACCCUGUCUUCAUAGAUGUCUACCAGGGAGUGAUCUGAAGCAAGACGCUGACGAUAUGUGCAUGAUUUGCUUUACGGAGGCUUUAUCUGCUGCACCUGCAAUUCAGUUACAAUGUGGACACGUUUUUCACUUGCAUUGCUGUAGACACGUUUUAAUGAAACGAUGGGUAGGACCUAGAAUAACUUUCGGAUUCUCUCUUUGUCCAAUUUGCAAAGUACCAAUGGAACAUCCUACAUUAACGGACCAAUUGGCUAAUAUAAAAGAACUCUAUGAGGAUGUUAGGAGAAAGGCCUUAAUGCGAUUAGAAUACGAAGGAUUGCACAAGGCCGAACCAACAUUUGGAUCAGGUGGAAGAUACCAUCAAGAUCCUGCUGCAUACGCAAUGGACCGCUAUGCGUAUUAUGUUUGUUAUAAAUGUCAGAAGGCCUACUAUGGUGGUGAAGCACGGUGUGAUGCACAAGUAGGAGGAGAAACAUUUGAUCCCACAGAAUUAGUAUGUGGAGGUUGUAGCGACGUGGCAAGGGCUCAGAUGUGUCCGAAGCACGGAGCAGACUUCUUAGAGUAUAAAUGUCGUUAUUGUUGCUCUGUCGCAGUCUUCUUUUGCUUUGGAACUACACACUUCUGUAACCCCUGCCACGACGACUUCCAACGAGUCACCACCAUUCCAAAAAGCGAAUUGCCUUCGUGUCCUGCAGGACCCAAAGCAAAACAACUCGAAGGGGAUGAAUGCCCGUUACACGUAAAACAUCCACCAACUGGAGAAGAAUUUGCACUUGGCUGCGGCAUUUGCCGUAAUGCACAUACUUUCUAA